AUGUCUCAGAGUGUGUGUGUGCCAGCAGCGUUGAUAGCUCUCCUGGUGUUGACAUUUUCGGUGCCCAAGGGCCAGUCCUGCCCCAGGAGCUGUAACUGCUACCAGGCCAAUGAAGUCCACUGCACCUUCCGCUCUCUACUCAAUAUACCUCCUGGGCUGCCUGCACACACACGUCGCAUUAACCUAGGGUUCAACAGCAUCCGCAGGCUCCAUGACAAGUCUCUAGCUGGACUGAAAAAGGCGGAGCUUCUGAUGCUCCACAGCAAUGACCUCCAUCAUUUUCCAGAUGGAGUGUUCAGAGACAUGAAGUCACUUCAGAUACUAAAGCUAAGCUAUAACAAGCUGAGAGAGAUCUCUUCAUCUCUGACCUUCACUGGCCUGACCUCACUGCUGCGCCUGUACUUGGAUCACAACCUCCUUCAAUAUAUCCACCCCCGGGCCUUCCUCCAGCUGCCCAGCCUCAGGCUGCUGCGUCUGCAGGGGAACAGGCUGCAUCAGCUGCACCCUCACACUUUGUGCACACUGUCCCUCCUGAAUACGUAUUACUUCUCUACACUCAGACACUUGGACCUUUCCAAUAACAGCCUCACCACUCUACCCCAAGACACUUUAGCAGCAGCGCCUCUGCUCGAGUCGCUCGUGCUGCACGCUAACCCGUGGAGCUGCGACUGUCGAAUGAACUGGCUUCUCGAUUGGAGUCUUGCUCAUCCAGGGUUACUGAAGUGUCCUGGUGGCCCUCAGUGUCCCCUCUGUGCUUCACCCAGCUCACUUCAAGACAAAGGCUUGCUUGAGCCGACCUCCCUUCUGUGCACCUCACCCAGUAAUAUCCUGCGAGGAAAAGAGACCCUUGUAGAGACAGACCUCAGCGAAAUCCAAUCAAGUGAGACUUUCCGAGAGCCUUUAGGAAGUGCCACCCUGGGUCUCUCUGACGAACAUGGGAACAGUGUUGAUUUGAGUUGCAACAUCACUCAGUCUUCCAGCUCUCAGGAUAUUGUGCCCCCUCCAGAUCUCUCCCAGCCCUCUGUGCUUCCUCUUCCCUUAGCCCUGUCUCUCUCUCUGGAGUGCCCCAUGGAGAGACAGAGCUAUGAAAAACUCUGGAGGAUUCUGGCUUAUUACAGUGAGACUGCAGUUCGUCUCGAGAGGGAGAUCAUGCUGAGCAAAGCUCCAGGGUUGGCUUACCGCUACAAGCAGACAACGGAGACGGAUGGAUAUUAUCACACCGGAGUCAAAGCUUCUGUAAAAGCCAGACCGCACUGGUUAUUACAGCCCGCCAUUAGCAUUCAGCUGAACAGAGCACAGUCAAAUGCACAUAAGGUUUACCUCAUAUACUCAACAAGGGUUUCCACUCACCCUGACCCAGCCACUGAGCUAUCAACACCCUCUCCUGCUUCUCAUCCAUGGGUAUUGAUUUUAACUAACCACACGACCACAGCAGUCACGGCUAUAGCGAACACCAAGGUGGAGCUCUAUUGCCCUCUUCUCAGUUCUGGCAACGCUCAAGUACAGUGGAUACUUCCAGAUGGAUCCAGGCUUACUUCCCCCUCCAGCAGCCUGGGUGGCAGGCUUCAGGCCUCAGCCUCCAGUUUACUUCUGAAAAAAGUACUGCUUUCCGAUGCCGGGAUUUACUACUGUGUUGCCUUUGCCGCGAGGGACGUAGAUGUUCUUCCACUGCGCCUGGCAGUGGAAGAGUCCUCUGUCCCACCUUCAGGAGAACAAGUGGGACCUCCUGUCAUGGGAACUGCUGGGGAACCUGUAAAACUGUCCUGCAAGGCGUCUGGCUCCCCAGAACCUUAUUUGAGUUGGAUUUUGCCAGAUGGAAAUGUGAUACGGCGGGGAUUAGCUGUGUCAGGUGGACUCUCAAUAGACCUGAAUGGAAGUCUGGUUCUGUCUCGCCCCUCGCUGAGGGAUGCAGGCCAUUACCGUUGCACAGCGGUCAACCGGUAUGGGAGUGACUCUAUGUCAAUGCAGCUGAUAUUAACUUCAGGACAUAUUCCAACUCUUAGGUCUUCGUUUCCCACAGGGCCACAGUCAGCUGCUGGCAGGUCAACAAAAAUUCGAGCCCCUUUAGUUCAUGACUUGGAUGAAGCAUCAGGGGAUGGAGAACAAGUAGAGGAGAACUCUUUUGUAGGAAAUAGAAAACACCCAGUAUCGCUUCAGCCAAGCCAAAACAGACGUUUUCCGGUUGGAAAACCACGAAGACGUGGUCCUGUGAGAGGAAGCCCCACAAGAGGAGGUGGACGACCCGUUUCAGCAACUGACCAGAGAAGAAACCGUUUUGAAAACAGGCAAAGGAUAGACCCGCAGAAAUGGGCAGACCUAUUGGCGAAGAUUCGCCAAAAGACUAAUUACAGCCAACCCAUCACUACUACAGCACCCACAGUUGAACCGGUUCGAGGAAGUAAAGACAAAGCUACAAAAGCCCAUGAUGAAGAUUAUGAUAUAGAUGAUGACAGAAGUCAGGGAGUAAGUGUUGGAGCAGAAAGUGAAGGAUCGUCUGUGGAUGAGGCCGUUCUGCAAGAGGAAGGGCUGCAGCCAGUUCAACCACCAAUCACAGACAGCGAGGCAGAUGCAGGCAUAGAGGAAAGUAAAGAGAAGUCAACAGAAAUUCAAGUAGACACGGAAAAUGACACUGAGACCCCUACAGAGACAGAGGUAACAGACCUGCGAACAGAGGCUCCAACAAAUUCAGUGACACAGAAAAAAACAGUCACAUCUAUUCCACAGUCAGGAGCAAAUGAAAUUGAAUCUCCUGAAGAAGAGGCACAAACCGCAAACCCUAACUCACCCAGUAGCAGGACUCAAAAUCCUCAACAGGGACUUCCAAAUUUGGUUCCAAACUCCCGACCUCAAAGUCCAUGGAACUCACGCAGGAAGAUUGGACAGCGAAGACGAAUCAUCAACAGGCCCAGGGGUCGACCUUUGGCCCCACCUCAACCGCCCUCUGACCCUGUGAACCCAAGGUCACAAGCUGUGACACCUGACACUACAACAAGUCAACUGAAUAUGUUGUUGCCGGUGUCAACGGCCACGUCUCCAGAUAUUUUGUUGACAUCCAGUGACCAUAGUAGGACUUCUCUAAAUGGAGUAGCUCUAAAUCCUGAAUCUUCCUCUGUCCUUAACGCUCUUCAUUUCUCUACUUUAGAAUCAUCCUCGCCAGCUUCCUCCCCCUCUCCUACAAAGACAGACACAGUGACUCACUCAGGAAAGACAUCCAACACUGAAGAGUCAACACAUUUCAACACAUCAGCACCCACUCACUCCCAUGAUGUAAUCUCCAAAACACAUGUGCCAGACACACAUCCUGGGACAUUUACACAUGGUAUACAGACACACACAGAAACACAAACAGCCUCAGGCAAACAUGUUAAUAGACCCCAAGACAAACUCAGUGGAGACCAAAAAAGGAAUUUCUCGGAUGUGCCACAUGAGUCCCACUCCUCAACCGCUCAUCCUGUCAUUGAUUUCCCAUCAUCCACCUCUUCUUCAAAAGCAGUUACAACUUCUCCAAGUGUUUACUGCACCUAG